CUCUCUCUCUCUCUCUCUAAUGAUCACUCAUAUUACUAAAUAGAAUUUUCUUGCUCAUGCUUCUUUCAAUGACGUUUGCUUGGACAUACUUCUAUUUCUCUGGGUGUUAUUUGCUUUGUGCUUCACAAUGAUCCCAGAAUGCAGAUGUCGGAGUUCAAGACUUCACUGAAGUUUGUUGGUCUUGGAAUGAACUUCAUAAAUUAUAAAAGGUUUUGCAGACAUUGAUAGAAGAUGAAUACCAGAGUGAGGAGUACACUGCAAUCUAUGAAGGCUACACAGAAGCAAGAUAAAGAGAAGGCGAAUAUGCGGGGGAGCAAAGUAGCUGCUGCCAAGAAAGCAAUCACAAGUCGACGAACCUCUAGCAGAGAGAGAAAAAUGGCUUUGCAACAAGAUGUUGAUAAGUUGAAGAAGAAGCUUAGACAUGAAGAGAAUGUUCACAGAGCUUUAGAGAGAGCUUUCAAUAGACCUUUGGGAGCUCUGCCUCGUCUACCUCCUUAUCUUCCUCCUUCUACGAAGGAGCUUCUUGCAGAGGUGGCCGUAUUGGAAGAGGAGGUUGUUCGGCUUGAAGAACAGGUAGUGCAUUUCAGACAAGAUUUAUAUCAAGAAGCUAUCUACAUUUCAUCCUCCAGGAAGAACAUGGAGAAUUCAGCCGAAUCAUGUGAACCGUGCGUGAACAAGAAUUCAAAACAAGCGCAAUUCAAGCGUUCAGCUGGAAAUGUGGGUGAAUCCACAACAUCCACUAUAAGCCAAUUGACUUCUGUUUCCAAUGAUGGGAGAGGCAAAGAAAACCAAUCUUGUACUAAUUCUGUGAAGAAGAACAAGGGAUCCUCUGUCCAUAAAGUCCAACCAAUCAGAACUCCUGUGAAGAGAACUCUCAUUGUCAGUAAACUGGAAGACAAGCAUUUAGCUCCUCAGAAAUUACAGCUAGAAUGUCGAGUAAGAGACCCAGACAAUGCAGAAGCAAGAACUAUUAGUAUCUCAAAUAAGAGAUUAUCUGGAGAUGAUGGUCCAAACAAAAUUUCUGAGGAUAUUUUGAAAUGCCUGUCAAGCAUUUUGUUUAGAAUGAGCACAGUAAAGAGAAAGGGCACUGCAGAUACUUUGCCUUCUUUAUCGGCAAUAGUAUCUCAAGAAAGCAGAGAGGAAACAGAAUUUCGGGAUCCUUAUGGUAUCUGUUCACAAUUUGGAAAAAGAGAUAUUGGUCCAUAUAAGCAUCUAUUUGCUAUUGAAGCACACUCGAUCAAUCCAAACCGAACAUCAAGCUCUAUGUUUCUUCUCCAUCGAUUAAAAAUCCUCCUUGGGAAACUUGCGUCUGUCAAUUUACAGAACCUCACCCAUCAGGAGAAGCUUGCAUUCUGGAUAAACAUUUACAAUUCCUGCAUGAUGAAUGCAUUCCUAGAGCAUGGAUUACCAGAGAGUCCCGAAAUGGUCGUUGCAUUGAUGCGAAAGGGAACAAUAAAUGUUGGGGGCCACUUGUUAAAUGCAAUUACCAUUGAACAUUUUAUCCUCAGAUUGCCUUAUCACUCAAAAUAUACCUUUUCAAAGGGAGAGAAAAACGACGAAAUGACAGCAAGAUGCGUAUUUGGAUUGGAGCUAUCUGAACCGUUGGUAACAUUUGCUCUCUCUUGUGGAAGCUGGUCCUCCCCUGCUGUGAGAGUAUAUACUGCUUCUCAAGUUGAAAACGAACUAGAAGUUGCCAAAAGAGAAUACCUGCAAGCUGCAGUUGGUAUUUCUGCAGAGAAGUUUGCAGUUCCAAAGCUAUUGGAUUGGUACUUACUUGACUUUGCAAAAGACUUUGAGUCAUUGUUGGAUUGGAUCUGCCUUCAGUUACCAUGUGAAUUAGGAAAAAAAGCAAUUCAAUGUCUUGAAAGGGGAAAGCGUGAGCCUUCUUGUCAAUUUAUCCAAGUUAUGCCGUAUGAAUUCAGUUUUAGGUAUCUUCUAUACACAUGAAUGAUUUUUAUUAGUUUAAAUUUAUUUUGACAUGGGUGUAAGAGUGUUGGAGUUACACUUUUGUACACAGCUAGAGAAUAGAUGUUAUAACUAAAUGUAUAAUCUAGUCUUUCUUGUAAGUAAUUGCGAGAGAAAUGUUCUCUUAUCGGGAUUCUGCAUGUAACUAUGUAUUGGGAAGAUUUCUAUACAAAAAGAUGAUUUCUU